AUGACCGUUGCCAGCUGGGAAAAAGUUGGCUCUAUUGAAUUAAUCACAAAGAAACUACCGGAAUUAAAGCCGGGUGAGCUUUUGGUUAAAGUCGCUGCUUCUGGAAUUUGCGGCACGGAUUUACACAUCUGUAAGGGCGAAACACCACAAGCUACUCAAAAGGUCGUGGUUGGACAUGAAUUCUGUGGAUACGUCGAGAAACUGCACCCCGAAACUAAGGCUCUUGUCAAAGAAGGCGACUUGGUUGCUAUUGACCCCAACAUUCCCUGUAACCAAUGUGGAUUCUGUCGUAACAAGAAAUAUCAUCUUUGUACAGACCUCUUUUGUAUUGGCGUCACUGUUGAUGGUGGUAUGUCACAAUAUGUUGCAAUUCCAGCACGUGCUGCUGUCAAAGUUCCCUCUCAUGUCCCUCCAGAGGUCGCCUGUUUAUCCGAACCUCUCUCAUGCGUUGUUCAUGCUGUUGAUAAAGGCAAUAUCAAAACCGGUGACUCUGUACUCGUUAUUGGUGCUGGUCCUAUUGGUUUGAUGGUAACUGCCCUUGCUAAUGCCAGUGGAGGAAAAGUGUCCGUGAUUGAGCCUACGGAGCUUAGACGCCAAAAGGCAAAGGAGAUCUUUGGUGCUUCUGAAGCGUAUGCCCCAGGUGCCUUGGGUCCCGUCAACGGUGCCCUUGGUGAAGGAUAUGAUGUCGUGUUUGAAUGUGCUGGUCGACCCAACACCUGCGAUGAUGCUGUAAAAUUCGCCAAAGCUGGAGGCACUGUCGUUUGGGUCGGUGUUGCAAAAGUAGAAGACCGCGUGUCUGUGUCUCCCUAUGAUAUUUACAGAAGAGAACUGACCAUCACCUCAACUUUUACAAACCCAUAUGGAAUUGAUCGUGCAGUAAAGAUUCUCGCAGAGGGUAGAGUAGAUUGGAGUGCACUCGUUUCCCACACUUUUAGCUUGAAAGAAUUUGAUAAGGCUUGGGAAGUGUUUACCGCUGGUACAGGCUUGAAAGUGGUAGUUAAGCCCUAA